AUUUCCGGGAAAUUUUUUUCCCUAUUGGGGAUCGCUUAGAAAUUUUUUAUAAACUUUACAAAAUAAAAAAUAUAUAUUGCAAAAAAUAAAAGCGAUGUAAGAUUAAUGUGGUUAUAAAUACGAAACUUUAUCAGUAUUGUUGAUGAUUAUUUAACUCUAAAUGGCUUGCGAAGAUAAAUGUGUCAAAGUUUUUGUUCCUGGUUUUGUUUUUGCAGGUUUGAUAAAAGAAGCUGCUGAAUCAGAACGUAUCUCUGAUGGUUUUCUUCUUGGUGAGCAUCGAACAAAGAUCUGUAAUCAAAUUAGUGAUGCACAUCAUAUUGGUGUUGAAUUGGAGAAAGAAUUAAUUUUACAUACUACAAUUCAAAAUAAUAAAAGUUUCAGUUACUAUGACAAUCUGGGUGAUGUUUUUGAAAAACAACUUAAAGCUAUUUUCAAAACUCAAGCUGAGAUGGUAAUUGGUAUUUAUUUUAUUCGAAAAAAUACCAGAAGUUCAUUGAGUUUGCGAGAAAAAUCUAUUAUAAAAAACAUGUUGCAUACUGACUUUUUUUGCCAUAAAUUUUUGUUGGUUCUUCUAUUCACUCCACAUUAUGAAAGUAAUAAAGCCACUCACAUUUUUUCUUACAAGUCUUUUAUAUGUACCGAGAAUGGUGUUGUUUCUGUGAGUACAGACAUAAUAAACCUUGGUAACCUUGGUAACUUAGAAAUGCAAAAUUAUGCUUUAAAAUCUCGAUUACUUGGAUCUGAAUCAAACCCAAGAUCACAAUACCUAAAAUUACUACAAGAAGAAUUUCGAGACCGGUUUUUCUCCAAGACUGGAUCUGUUGCUUUGGCUGACAAUGCUUACAGUUUAAUGUAUCGCACUUUGUUUUCAAUGAAGGAGUUGCAAGAACAAAUACAAUCAUCCGAAACAUCUAUUCUUGAGUUAGAAGAGCUAUUAAAUAAAUCUAUUCAAUAAGAAUAACUUCAAUUUGAAUUCAAGAUGAAUAACUUAUUUGAGAUAGAAGUAUUUGAGAUUUAACUUAUUUGAGAAGUAUAACGAGGUUGCUGCAAAUUUUGUAUUUGUAAACAUAUGUAAAGACCGUAAGGUUUUUGAAAAUUAAGAUUAAACGAA